CAGAUGAUUUUUUCCCCCCUCUGUCCACCUCACGUUGGCCACCAAUUUAGUCAAUUUUGUUUUUUCUCAAUUAACCUGUUAUUCCAAAAUUAAAGAAAAUAUUUUUCCACGUGGCUCGAGUUUCCCGCUAGACUAAUCCCUGUUCCUUUGCAAGAAGAAGAAGAAGAAGAGGAAACUAUUAUUGUACAGAUCGAUCCUCCUCAGGGUGUCAUCUACGCUUCAGCCUCAGAAAAAGCUGAAGAAACCCUAACGAGGGUCAACAAGUUAAUCUGAUUUGUAGUCCUAAGAAGGAGGAUUGUCUUCCUUCUUGUUUGGGCGACUUGCUUACAAGCUUUCAACCACUGCAACUUGCCAUGGCCGUACUAGAGAUUCAAGAACCGCAUUUGCUCCAAGAUGGAAGGACCAUUGGUCAAUCACCUAUUAGAUUUUUGCGUCGGUGGGUUAUGAUUUCAGUAAACAUUUUCUUUGUUAUUGUUGGCCAAACUGCUGGUGUUCUUCUUGGGAGGUUCUACUAUGACCAAGGUGGAAAUAGUAAAUGGAUGGCAACACUUGUCCAAACCGCUGGGUUUCCUAUACUUUUUAUCCCACUCUUCAUCCUCUCCUCUCAGAAAUCUUCAACCACCACCAAAUUUAAUGUGUCCAUUACCACCCUUACCUUAGUCUAUUUCUCACUUGGUGUGUUUCUAGCUGGUGACAACAUGAUGUACUCGAUCGGGCUUUUGUACCUGUCUGCCUCAACUUAUUUCCUUGUAUGUGCAUCCCAGUUGGCAUCUAAUGCGGUUUUUGCAUUCUUCAUCAAUUCUCAAAAGUUCACUGCUUUAAUAUUCAAUUCUGUUAUCAUCCUGUCCUUAUCUUCUGCCCUCAUUGGGGUUAACUCUGAUUCCACUGAACCUGCUGGAGUAUCGAGGGAGAAGUAUAUUUUGGGCUUCUUGUGCACUCUUGGUGCGUCCACCGUUUACUCCCUGCUGCUUUCACUCAUGCAGCUUUCCUUCCAAAAGGUUCUGAAAAGAGAGUCAUUUUCUGUGGUAUUAGAAAUGCAGAUCUACACAUCAUUUGUUGCAACAUGUGCUUGCAUAGUAGGCCUCUUUGCCAGUGGUGAAUGGAGGAGUUUGAAAGGAGAGAUGGAUGGGUUUGGAAAGGGGAGAAUAUCUUAUGUGAUGACAUUAGUUUGGACAGCUGUGGCUUGGCAAGUGUCUUCUGUUGGUGUUGUGGGGUUGGUUUUUGUGGUAUCUUCACUUUUCUCUAAUGUUAUUAGUACCUUGGCUUUGGCUCUUGGUCCUAUUGCUGCUGUUAUAUUUUUUCAUGAUAAGAUGGAUGGGGUGAAGGUGGUGGCGAUGUUGAUGGCCUUUUGGGGCUUUGCUUCUUACUUGUAUCAGCAAUACCUUGACGAUUGUAAGCUGAAGGCAGCACAAAAUCAAGAUAAUGAAGUUCCAAAUGAGUUUACUCUAGAGAGGCUGAUUGUUUGAAUGAAUAUGUAUCAUACAGAAGUGGAAAAGAUUGCUGGAAAAUAUGUAGCAAACAGAAGUGGUUAGUUUAUUCUCCCUUUUUUCACCCAAAUUUUUGUAUGACAUGUAUAGGUCCAUUGAUCCAUCAUCGUUCUCCUCUGUCGGACUUUGUUGGUAUUAAUGGCUGUUAAGACUAGAGGAUUCAAGCUUGAUAAAAAUGUAUUUUAUCUUUUAGGAUAUGAAAUAUGACUUGUAAUUCAAUUCAGUACUCUGUUAUCAGUUGAUCUUAAAAUAAAGUAAAGCACACUCUUCAAUUGGCAGCUA